CAGAUCAUCACAGCAUCAAAAAUGUGUUUCUCCUUUUUGCCAUCCUUGUUCUCCGUCUCAACAUCCCACUGGCCUGAGUGAGAAAAAUCUGAUCUCUGCUUCAGCUGCAAAACUUUGGUCUGAACAACAGAGAGACAGAAACAGAUAGCAGUUUGCUGAGCAUGCUUCAGAAGGUGGCAGUGAUCAGUGCAGGGAUUUCUGGACUGACCAGCAUCAAAGCCUGUUUGGAAGAAGGUCUGCAGCCUGAGUGCUUUGAGAGCAGCAAUGACAAUGGAGGUAUAUGGAGAUUUAAGGACGAUCCAGAGCCUGAACGGGCCAACAUCUACUCCUCUGUGAUCAUCAACAGCUCCAAAGAGAGGAUGGCCUUCAGUGACUUCCCUCCACCAGCUGAGCUCCCCAACAACAUGCACCACUCUGAGAUGCUGCUGUAUAUGCGCCUCUAUGCUCAGGCCUUCAAACUGCUGCAGUACAUACCCUUCAAGGUUAUUGGUCACUAUGAGUAAUAGUAGGUUGUGCUGCUUACAGUGGUGUGUCCUUCAGAGAGCCUCAAGUUUAGAUUGAACAUGCACUUCCUCCUAAAAUGAAACUCUAGUCAAAUAUUUCCAGAUUUGUUUUCUACCCAGUUGUCCCCAGUUGUUUACACACUGCCGUGUCUGGCCCAUUCCCUCUCGUUCCUUGUCAAUCUGUCUGUGUGUUGUGCUUUAACCUUGCCCCUCAGCCUGACUCUUUUAAUUUGGGGACACAUUCAAAGUUUUUGCAAUUUUCCAGACUGACUGACCUUCAGUUCUUAAAGUAAUGAUGGACUGUUGUUUCUCUUUACUUAGCAGAUGGUAGCAGGUGUUCAUUCAU